CUCAGUAUUAUUUUGAGCGUGGUGCGCUUAACAUAUUUAUUCGAUUCAAUUCGAUACGAUUCGAUUCGAUUUGGGGACUCUUACCAGUUCAACGACAUGCUGGCCUGCAUCAUUCUGGCCAGCUGGCUGACUUUGUUGUGGUUAUAUUUUCUGUGGAGUCGCAGACGCUACUAUUGGGCCGCCUGGCAGCUGCCUGGCCCCGUGGGCUGGCCCUUCAUUGGCAUGGGCCUGCAAAUGAUGAAUCCGCAGACCUUUUUGCAGUAUAUGGAUGGGCUUUCGCACAAGUACAAGGCGCCCUUCAUUUCCUGGAUGGGCACCAAUUGUUUCCUCUAUGUCAACGACCCACAAACCGUGGAGCAAAUCUUCAAUUCAACGCACUGCACCAACAAGGGAGAUUUUUAUCGCUUCAUGAGCGCAGCCAUUGGCGAUGGACUCUUCACAUCCAGCUCGCCACGCUGGCAAAAACAUCGUCGCCUCAUUAAUCCCGCCUUCGGUCGCCAGAUUCUGUGCAACUUUUUGCCCAUAUUCAAUGCCGAGGCGGAUGUGUUGCUGGAGAAGCUGGACCUGGAGGGCGUGCAGCGCGCUAAAAGCCUCGAAAUCUAUCAAAUACUCAAAAAAAUCGUGCUGGAGGCUGCCUGCCAGACAACUAUGGGCAAGAGAAUGAACUUUCAGCACGAUGGUUCGCUGGCCAUCUUCGAGGCAUAUAAUGGUAUAACGGAGGUGUGUGUCAAGCGGAUGCUCUCGCCUUGGCUUUACCCGGAGCUCAUCUAUCGAUGGUCGCGACUUUUUGACCGGCAACAGAAGGUCGUCGGCGUGCUGUUUGGUUUUGUGGAGCAGUUGCUGCAGCCAGCCGUUUCUGUUGUGGGCGUGGAUGGCUCCGAUGCGAACAAGCAUCUGGAGCAGCAACAGCAUCAGCAGCAACGACAGCAGGAACAACAACAACAGCGCAUCAAGUCAAAGUCGAUAUUUAUUGAACAGGUACGAGAGCAUGUGGAACGUGGACAGCAAAUGAGCUGGCAGGAUGUGCGAGAUGAGGCGAAUGUGAUUAUUGCGGCGACCUUCGAGACAACAUCGACGGCAUUGUACUUCACAAUUUUAUGCCUGGCAAUGCAUCCGGAAUAUCAGGAGAAGCUGCACGAAGAGCUCCGCGCCGAGUUGCCGGACCAUGGUGACAUUAGCUUGGAGCAGCUUGAGAGGCUAAGCUACACGGAGAUGGCCAUUAACGAGUCGAUGCGUUUGUUUGCGCCCGUGCCCAUGGUGCUGCGUCGAGCUGGACAGGAUUUACAGGUGCGCCGCGAUGAUGGUGUCUACCUCAUACCAAGCGGCACUCAAAUCGGCAUCGACAUCUAUAACAUGCAGCGCGAUGUGCGCGUCUGGGGUCCGCUGGCCAGAAGCUACAACCCGGAGGCACAUUUUGGCACGGAGGCGCCCGCGCGUCAUGCCUUCGCCUUUGUGCCCUUCACCAAGGGGCUGCGCAUGUGCAUCGGCUAUCGCUAUGCCCAGCUGCUGAUGAAGCUGCUGCUGGCCAAGAUCUUUCGCCGCUAUCGCAUCAGCACAGAUGCACGACUGGAGCAGCUGCUGGUCAAGGGCAAUAUCUCGCUGAAGCUGAAGGAAUAUCCGCUGUGCCGCGUGGCGCGCAGGUAAUCAGUGCUCGGUUCGACCUUUGCCCUCUCGAGUGCUUUCUAGUUUAUUGCAAUUUUCCAAUUAAAAAUGUAAUUUUUGUUUGCACUUUGCAACGUUCUUAAUUGAAUUUGUUCAAAACUUGUACAAUAAUUCACUUAUGCUGAGGGCCUCGUUAGCCGCUUCUCAUGCAAAUUGCCCCAGUUAACCACGCCUUCGUCUCCGCUUCCGCUUCCGCUUUCAACUGCUAACUGUUCAUGGCCAGUUAUGGCAUGCACCACGUUGCGUAUACGUAACGCAAUUGAUUUAAUUGCAUUGAACCCAGCAAAGUUAUUGUGUUGCUGCAAGUAAUCAGAAAAUUGCGUAAAUUUAUUUAUUUAUGUAUAUAUAUAUGUAUAUAAAGGUGCCCUUUUACCAUUUUG